AUGUCAAUGUUGUGGCCUCCUAUCUGAACAACAUUGAGCCGCUCAAUGGAGCAAAUUUCCCUGACUGGAAGGGCAAUGUCAUGACGUGCUUGGUUUGGAAUGAUCUUGACUUGGCAUUAAGGGAGGAUAAGCCUGUUGUUGCUGCAUGACAGACUUCAGCUGCUCUGGAAAAGUGGGCAAGAUCAGACCGCAUGGCACUUAUGGUCAUGUCUCAGACUAUCAGUGUGGGCAUUAAGGGCGUCAUCUCCACCAAGGAUGCGCAGGGAGCAAAUCUGAGUGCUAAGGCCUUUCUGGCAAAAAUUGAGGAGAACUUCAAGAGCUCAUCCAAGACUUAUGCAAGCACUCUCAUCGUGAAGUUAGUGGCCUCUCAGUAUGAUGGGAAGACUGGCAUCAGGAAACAUAUUCUCAACAUAUGUGACAUGGCUAAUAAGCUCAAGGAGAUGCAGAUGAAGAUCUCAGAUGGCUUUCUUGUUCACUUCAUUAUGACCUCGCUGCCCUCACAGUACAAUGCUUUCAAGAUCAACUACAACACCAACAAGGUUAUUUGGUCUAUCAGUGAGCUAAUCAGUUACUGUGUUGAAGAAGAAGAGAGGCUUAAGACUGAGAAGAUGAAGGAUGUGGUGAACAUGGUCCAUCACAUGAGUAUCAGUGACAAUCUUCCUAAGAAUCAGCAUGAGUAGGUAGUAGCAAGCAAGCCCAGAAGAAGUUUAAGAAGAAAGGGAACCAAAACUUUGGUCCAAGAAACAACAACAAAUUCAAAGGCAAACAGUCCCAAGGUGAAAAGAUGAUGUGUUCAUUCUGUGCUUCACCCAAGCAUCUUCAGAAGGGCUGCCCAGGCUUUAAGGAAUGGCUGAAACAGUAAGGUAUUUCGUUCGAUCCGAACUAUAAGAAGGGGGGAGCGAAACCUAAGAGUGGCUGAUGGGAACAUGGUUGAAGUCGAAGGCGUUGGAAGCUUCUCCUUAGAGUUGCCAGGCGGCUUCCAGCUUAAUUUAGAUGAUGUCCUUUAUGUUUCUAGUUUAAAGAGAAACAUUAUUUUUGUUUCGCGUUUAGAUAAAUCUGGACACGUGUGUGAGUUUGGCAACUCGGUUUGCAACAUUAAAUUUCAUAAUAUUAGUGUUGGCCUUGGUCAUUUGCAAGGCGAUCUUUA